AUGGAAAACCUAUCGGCUGCGUCCGUUAUUUCAGUUAAGCCUGAGUCGUCUUCGGCCUUACCUCUGCAAUCCUCUUCUCUUGCAUCUUCGGCUGGCACUACUGCAUGUGUAUCAGCAGUUCAAUCAUCAUCCACACAAAACAACGGUGUGGCGCAGGAACCUCUCAUGGGGUGUGAUAGAAUCUUAGCCACUGAAAAUCUAACUCCAUCAUUUCAACCUACGUCGAUGGGUGGAUUGAACCUAGCAGACUCUAUGGUUAACAAGGCGAUAAGUGAAUUGUCUCGAGUUGAUCACGCCUAUCCACGUUUGGCGGCCAAAGUUUUGGCGGAUGUAAGCCAUUAUUAUAUAGAAAGAACUCAUCCAUUUUUUAACGCAGAAAGACCUAGUAAGUAA